CUGCAGCUCGCGAGGCGCGGAGCCCGCGGGGCCGGCGGAGCAGAGCCGGCGGCGGAGGCGGACUCGGAGCCGCGCGCCCUCCCUCCGCGUCCUGGGCCCGCGCGGGCUGGAGCCGCCGGGGGACCAUGGUGUUGGACCCGGGGGACGUUCGUAGUUCCUUCAAUUCUGAGGCACAAAAGUAGGUGAGACGGCUUUUGUAUCUGCGAAGUGCUUCGCUCCUGAAUGUAAUUCUAGCUGAGUGCAAUCUAGGUUAAGAGCCGGACAAGCGGGUCAUUAGAGCCCGCUCGCCGCUCGCUGCCCGAGGACCGGCCUCCCCGCCGAAGCGCUCCGGGAGUCGGCGCCCUUCUCCCGGCCGAGCCGAGCCGCGGCGGCUGGACACGGAGCGCCCGAGAUGAUGGUGCUGGACAAGGAGGACGGCGUGCCGAUGCUGUCCGUCCAGCCCAAGGGGAAGCAGAAGGGCUGCGCUGGCUGCAACCGCAAGAUCAAGGACCGCUACCUGCUGAAGGCCCUGGACAAGUACUGGCACGAGGACUGCCUCAAGUGCGCCUGCUGCGACUGCCGCCUGGGCGAGGUGGGCUCCACCCUCUACACCAAGGCCAACCUCAUCCUGUGCCGCCGAGACUACCUGAGGCUGUUCGGCACCACGGGAAACUGUGCUGCCUGCAGCAAGCUGAUCCCAGCCUUCGAGAUGGUGAUGCGGGCCCGUGACAAUGUGUACCACCUCGACUGCUUCGCCUGCCAGCUCUGCAACCAGAGAUUUUGUGUGGGAGACAAAUUCUUCCUGAAGAACAACAUGAUCUUGUGUCAGAUGGACUAUGAGGAGGGGCAGCUCAAUGGCACCUUUGACUCACAGGUUCAGUAAUGCCCGGCGCCUGGCCUCCGGCCCGUCUGUCUGUCCGUCCGCCCGCCUGCCCACUGCCCGGCCGGCCAGCCAACCGCUCUCCCACCGCCUCCCGUCUGUGUGUGACCCCUCCCGGGGCCAGGCUGGGCCUGUACAGUCUGUCUUCUGUAUAUAAAUGGGAACAUUUAUUUUAUGAGAAAUGUAAUGCGGUUUUAUUACUGGCGUGGAUUAAACUUAUGAAUGUUUCCGGGGA